UACUGAUAAGGAAUUGGCACUAGUUUGUCGGUUAUUAUUCUAUCAACCAACAGGGUAUCAUUCUAACCUCCGAAAAUUAUGGAAAGAUCUUAAAGCAGAGGGGUAUCAGUUUCUAUAUAAAAAG